UAAAAACCUACUUGACUUGACUUGAAAUAGAAAUAAACAAAAAGCUAAAGAGGAAAAGUUGAUGAAAGACUAACAAGCAAACUGUUUCCUCUGCCAACAACCACACAGGUAUUGUGACAAGAUGUCCGCUCGAGCUCAAGAUGAAGAAGAGCAGGAAGACAGGCUUCUGGCAUGGAAAGAUCAAGUUUGAGGAUUAUGAAGAAGAGAUUGAAGAUCCAGCAGACGUGGAGCAAAUGAUUAGAAAAGCUCAGAAUGAAAUAGCUGGGACCGGCAUGGGCAUCAGUGACAAGCUCAUCAGCUUGGAGGUGACAUCGACCAACGUUCCUGACCUCACGCUCAUCGAUCUGCCUGGUAUUACCCGUGUAGCAGUCAAAGACCAACCGGAGAACAUCAGAGAACAAAUUAAGAGGCUGAUCAAAAAGUUCAUCACAAAGCAAGAAACCAUCAACCUGGUGGUGGUGCUGUGUAAUGUGGACAUUGCCACUACUGAAGCGCUGAAGAUGGCUCAGGAAGUUGAUCCAAACGGCGAGAGAACGUUCGGCAUCCUAACGAAGCCUGACCUGGUGGAUAAAGGCUCGGAGGAGACAGUGCUGUCCGUCAUCAAUAAUGAGAUCAUUUACCUUAAUAAAGGCUACAUGAUCGUCAGGUGCCGAGGACAGCAGGAGAUCAAGGACCGUGUCUCUCUGAAUGAAACCGUCAAGAAGGAAAGGGACUUCUUUGAAGAUCACCCACAUUUCAGCACACUGUAUGACAAAAGAAAAGCCACCAUUCCCAACCUGGCCGAAAAACUCACGCUUGAACUCGUCCUUCAUAUUGAGCGAUGUCUGCCGCAACUGGAGGAGCAAAUCCUGAUGAAGUUGGCUGAAACUCAGGCUGAAGUGGACCGAUAUGUCUCAGGGCCUCAUACAGAACCAGACCAAAGGAUCUACUUCGUGACUGAUAAAAUCACAGCAUUCACUCAGGAUGCCAUCAGCCUGACGACUGGAGAGGAGGUGAAGAGCAGGUCAUAUAUAACCAUCUUCUCAGGUCUGAGGAAGCAGUUUGCUCUCUGGACGAAUGAUCUAGACAGUGUAGGAGAGACAUGUGAGUAGCAGUGUGACAAUAUAUUCGUGUGGCUGUACACCAAGGACAUUGCAGAUGUUUGGUACAUGAAAUUAUAUAAAGGCUACUAAUUU